AUGUGGGCGGGGCUAAAGCAGUUGCUCGAUGAUGCUCUGGAGCUAUUGAGCAUGGCACCGCCCCUAACACAAUCACGAGCAUCCAUUCAUGUUGAAGAGGUAUUUAAAAGUCAAAAGAGAAGGCAGCUUUCUCGUAUUGGCGGAAUGGAGGAAUUCAUUCUCAAGUCGGCCACCAUCUCAACGUCACCCGCCUGCCCGCCCUUCACGCCACUCAACUUUGAAGCCACGCCCAUCGUCAGAGUCGCAAUUGAACCCAAGCAUCCAAGUGUAUUUGUGUUUUGGGUAAUAAUAUUCUACAUUCUUUUAUCUGUCAGCUGGGUGUCUACAGUGUGGUCCAAAUGCUCCAGUGCCUGUGGACGGGGCUUCAGAGAGAGGCGGGUCUCUUGUCAGCAGGUGCAGGCAUCAGGGAGCGUGAGGGUCCUGCCCAGCUCCGAGUGUAAGGAGACCCAUCGGCCUGAAGACAAGGAAGAUUGCACCUCGCACGCUUGUGCGGAGUGGAUCACUGGUCUCUGGGGCAAGUGCACAGGUCGUUGUCUGGGACCCGCGGUGGCCACACAGAUCAGGACUGUAUCGUGUCGACAUUUCGGCAACUCUACAAUCAAAACAUGCAACGCGAAACAAAGGCCGGCGUCCGUAAGGAAUUGUUCAUCCGACAUGUGUGACGUACACUGGAAGGUGUGGCCGUGGAGAACGUGUACGGCGGCGUGCGGCAGCGGCUUCCAGUCGCGUCGAGUGGAAUGCGUCCAUCGGCAAAAGAUGAAAACUCUUCCCGACCAGCACUGCGCCUGGCGACCGCGUCCUGUUACCUGGCAACACUGCAACAUCACUUCCUGUGGCAGUGAGUGUCAGGACAGAACUCAUUACUGUCCUGUGGUGAAACGUCUCAGGCUUUGCCUGGUGGACCUGUAUAGACAACACUGCUGCCAAACCUGUUCACAAGACACCAGCGCCACCUAGAGGACAACUGCUCAAAUUUCUAGCACAGGCCCACACGCACUGAUUGUCAUCAUUUUAAUCAUGCAAACCCCUGAACGCUUGAAUUGCAUUGGAAUAGAUGUCUACUGGUGGCAGACCAUCAUAUGUCCAAAGAGUUCUUUUCGCCUAUGAUUUAUCUCUCCCCUAUUUUACGUGUAUUAAUUUAAGAGACAUGAAUUUUUGUUGUGGAUAUCGGAAGACAACUCCUGUUGGACCGUUCUCUUAUGGGAAGGAAGAUUAAAAUGAUAUUGGGUGUAAAUACAGUACUGAGGUAUAUCAGCAAGACGACAGCUUAUCAAAAUGCCCAUACCUUAAUAGUGAGUGAUUUGAAUAUGACAGAAGACCUGUUAAUGUUUUCAAGUCUAUUAGAUGUACUUUUUUGUGCUGCAUUGUAAAAUAUGUCAUGUAUAUAAUGUGUUUUUAAGUGCAAUAUUGUACAUUGAGUGGAGAAAAUUUGGAUUUUAUUUUCAUACCUCUUGAUUUAGUUUGUCUUUAUAAUCCAUAUUUAAGACCGUAAACAGCAAAGCUUGCACACAUAUAGCAUUUUAUGUGAAUGAUUCGUAUCUCUUAAUUAUAAUGGUUUGUUACUGGCUUUCGAAUGCAUGCAUUUUCAUCAAAUGUUGUAAUAGGUACAUAAACCACUCACAGAAUUUAAUUCAUGAAUUUAAUCGAUUGCAUUACAGUACGACUCACCAGUUUGGUACUCAUGUCAAUAUAUCAGAAAAUUUUACGUGAUACGAAUACAAUAAAUACGAUUUUACCAAUUA